AACUCUGCAACAUGGAGCCAGCCAACAGGACAGGGGCGCCUGAGUUCUUUCUGAAAGGAUUUUCUGGCUACCCAGCCUUGGAGCGCUUGCUCUUCCCACUGUGCUUAGCCAUGUACCUGGUGACCCUGCUGGGAAACACAGCCAUCAUGACAGUGAGCGUGCUAGACGUCCGCCUGCACACACCCAUGUACUUCUUCCUGGGCAACCUCUCCAUCCUAGACAUCUGCUACACGUCCACCUUCAUGUCCCUGAUGCUGGUCCACCUCCUGUCUUCCUGGAAGACCAUCUCCUUUACUGCCUGCGCCAUCCAGAUGUGCCUGAGCCUGUCCACAGGGUCCACGGAGUGCCUGCUGCUGGCCAUCAUGGCCUAUGAUCGCUACCUGGCCAUUUGCCAGCCACUCAGGUACCCCGUGCUCAUGAGCCACAGGCUCUGCUUAUUGUUGGCAGGAGCCGCCUGGGUCCUCUGCCUCCUCAAGUCAGUGACAGAGACAGUCAUCGCCAUGAAGCUGCCCUUCUGUGGCCACCGCAUGGUCAGUCACUUCACCUGCGAGAUCCUGGCAGUGCUGAAGCUGGCAUGUGGUGACACGUCAGUCAGCGAGGCCUUCCUGCUGGCGGGCGCCAUCCUGCUGCUGCCUGUGCCCUUGGCGUUCAUCUGCCUGUCCUACACUCUUAUCCUGGCCACCAUCCUGAGGGUGCCUUCUGCUACCGGGCGCCGCAAAGCCUUCUCCACCUGCUCGGCACACCUGGCCGUGGUGCUGCUUUUCUACAGCACCGUCAUUUUCAUGUACAUGAAACCCAAGAGCAAGGAGGCCCACAUCUCUGAUGAAGUCUUUAUGGUCCUCUACGCUGUGGUGACACCCAUGCUGAACCCCGUCAUCUACAGCCUGAGGAACAAGGAGGUGAAGGAGGCCGCCAGGAAGGUGUGGGGCGGGAGACGGGCAUCUAGGUGAAAGGCAGG